AUGGAACCAACCCUCAUCUUCGUACCAGGAGCCUGGCACAAACCAUCAUGCUACAACAAGAUAAUCAAUCUCUUAAAAUACAAAUGCGUCCCCAUCACCCUCCCCUCCACGACAGGAGACCCCAACGCGUCUUUCAAAGAUGACCUCGACACCACCCGCACAGCUAUAUCCAAUGAAACAACACAGGGUCGCAAUGUUGUCGUCAUCGCACACUCCUACGGCGGGAUGGUAGCCAAUAGCGCAAUCAAAGACUUCACUUCCACCAAGACCCAAACCCAAAACCAAGCCCAAACCCAGACAGGCACAGGGACAGGGACGGAAGGAUCCGUAAUCGGCCUCAUCCUAAUAGCCUCAGGCUUCACACUCACCGGCCUCUCAUUCAUGGAUCCCUUCUUCGGCCGCCCACCCCCCACCUGGCGCGUAAAUAGCUCAACCGGGUUCGCAGAGCUAGUAACUCCACCCCAGGAAAUGUUCUACCAUGACCUCCCGCAAGAGGAGGCAGAUUACUGGUCCUCCCAACUUACACCGCAUAGCCUGAAGUCGCUAUUUGAGGGUGGAGAAUACAGUUAUGCGGGUUGGCGGGAUGUGCCUGUUUGGUAUAUUGGGACUGUUGAGGAUAGAGGGUUACCUGUACUUGUGCAGAGAAUGGGGGUUGGUAUUGCGAGGGGGAUGGGGUGUUCUGUUGAGCAUCGGGAGCUGAGGACUAGUCAUUCGCCGUUUUUGAGCAUGCCUGAGGCUACAGUGGGGAUUAUUUUGGAGGCUGUUGGGGCGUUUUUGGGAAGCGUAAAAGUAGAGGGAGAGGGGGAGGUUGUUAGCAAGGGGAGUGGGCUGGUUAUGUUUCCUCAGGCAAGGCUGUGGAAGCCUUUUACGUGGUUGAAAUUUGGGAUUCCGUUGAUGUUUGGACAUUUGAUUGGAAGGGGGGUUUUGAUGUUUGGGUGGGCGAGGAGGUUAUGGAGGUCUGCUUUUCAUUAA